AUGCACCCGCGCGACAUGCUCACGUGCACGGCGACAACAACGACGGCAACGAGCACGGAAGCACAUGCAGACGAGGAGGAGGACGCGUACCUCGCUCAGCGACAGUCUACCAUGGACUCGGCGACGCUGAACAAGCUGCUGAAAGCCGAGAAGCACCUCACGCAAGCAGGCCAAGCGACGUCGAACGUCUGGAAACUCAUUGGCAUGCAGACUCCGAUCGACGAGAACGAGGUGCCGGCAGCGGCUCCCGCGCCCGUCCACAGCGUGGCCAGCAGUCCCGGCCGCCACGUUCGCUCGUCCGUGCGACGGAAACUCUCGACGCAACUGUCGGACGACAUGUCGAGUGGAUCGUUUCUGGCCACGACGGCCUCCCCCAGCAGUCCCUUGCACGGCACGACGGGCGCCAGUGCCGCCAGCCACAAAGCAACGACGGCGAUGCAUCGGGACGGGGCCAGUGCAAGCGAUCUAUGCGAUAUGUGGGCUAGUCCUACCCCUGCUUCAACUUCAAGUGAAACGAGGAGCACGAGUCCGCGCUGUUAUCCGCAAGUUGACUUUGCAGCUGGCGCGACGCGCAAUUCCCUCGGCUGCCCAUCGGUCUGCACGACGUCAGCCACACAGAGCAACAGUCUGUUUGAGCGGCCGCACUUUGGCCUCUCGGGCAGUGCGCGCGCCGUCGACGCGUUCGCCACGAGCGACUCGUCCAACGUCCUGCUCGAAAACGGACGCAGUCGCUCGACGCACAGCAGCAGCACGAGCAGCAGCGUCAACACGGCGACCACGACCACGACCAACAACAAUGUGUUUGGCUUUACGCGCAGCACGACCGCGCCGCUCUCGGACGUGACGCUGUUUACCUUUACCGUCAAGAAGAGCGACAGCGUGCUCGAGAAACUCGGCAGCAAGCGCGCGAGCAUCCAGCUCCAGGUCGACGUUGACGAGCGCAUGCUGUACUUUCUCUCGGCGCACGACCAGCGCGAGGAGUACAGCUGCGCCGCCGUGACGGCCAAGCCGCAGUCGCGACUCGGCAUGCAGCUCAAGAUCCAGACGGGCAACGCGAGCGUGAACAAGAAGAUUACGUUCUACAGCACGGAAGACCGCGCGAACUUUGUCCAGGCGCUGGAGCAGGGCAAGGUCAUGUACAGCAAAAAGACCGUGACCACUGCGCCGCCCGCGCGCACGCCACCUGCAGAAGUGAUUGAAGAAGCCGUCUCGACCGUCUCGAGCACGUGCGAGCGCUCGAAGCUCCGCGACUCGCUCGUGAGCGACCACUUUCAGCUGCUGCCCGGCGAGUCGGUGCUCGAGCACGUGCAGCGCGUGACGAACCUCGUGGUCAUGUCGCAGAGCGACCGCGCCGUGCAGGGCGUGCUCAAGAUCACGUCGCACCGCAUCACGUUUGUCCCGUACGACGCGUCGUGGAAGUUUGGCUCGUUUGAGCUCCCGCUGGCCGCCAUUGACCUGAUCACGCGCGACGGCCUCAUGUUGCUGAUCACGUGCAAGGACUUGCGCACGCUGCGCCUGGCGAUGCACGACGCCUACUCACGGAAGAAAGGCUACGACCAGUUGCCGUCGACGCCAGACUUUCGGUGGCUCAACUUGCUGACGCUGCGCAUGAAACCGCCCAAUAUGAUUGGCGCGUUGUUUGCGUUUGAUUACCACACGGAGAAGGCCAAGCAACGCGGCGCGCCGCUGCCGGAGAAACACAAUGGCUGGUUUGUGUACUCGCCGUUUGCUGAGUACCAGCGGCUCGGGUUCCUCUCGGCCAAGAAGCACCCGGAAGAAGAAGGAGUGAUCACGUGGCGCUUGCUGAAGAACUCCAAGUUCCGGUUCAGUCCGACGUACCCACAGCUGAUGGUCGUGCCGUCGCUCAUGUCGGAAGAGCAGCUCGUGCAGUCGGCACGCUUUCGCUCACGAGCACGUCUGCCUGUGGUCGUGUGGCGCCACCCCGUGAACAAGAGCGUGUUGUCUCGCUCGAGCCAGCCGAACUACGGCAUGGCGGGCAAUCGAUCCGAGCCGGACCGGAUACUGUUGCGCGCGUACCGUGACUCGGCCAACAAGAACAGCUCGAAUAUGUCGCCUCCGCUUCACAUUAUUGACGCACGGAAGCCGAUCGCCACGAAGGGCAAUCGGUUGAAGGGAAAAGGUGUUGAGAACUCUCAGCAUUACGACAACGCGACUAUUGAGUUCAUGGGCAUUGCUAACAUUCACAAGAUGCGCGAGUCCUUGGAUGCGCUAAAGUCGCUAGUCAGUCCUAGCAGCGUUGAGGACGGCGACAAGCACUACCACAACCGCCUCGAGAACACUCGGUGGCUAAAGCAUGUGAUGCGCGUAUUGUCGGGCGCUCGCAGGGUAGCAGAAGUGCUCCACGAAGACGGCGCUUCGGUGCUGGUACACUGUAGCGACGGUUGGGAUAGGACGCCACAACUCGCGGCGCUGGCACAACUUAUCCUAGACCCCUUCUAUCGAUCCCUCCGUGGCUUUGCCAGUCUCGUGGAAAAGGAGUGGUGCUCGUUUGGGCACAAGUUCGCGGACCGAAUUGGCGUGGGCAAGGACAUUACUGACCAGCCAAAUGAACGGUCGCCCGUCAUGUUGCAGUUCCUGGACUGCGUGUGGCAGAUGACGCGGCAGUUCCCGACAUGCUUUGAGUUCAACGAGAAGUUUCUGCUGCACAUAUCAGAUUCGCUGAUCUCUGGUCUGUAUGGGACGUUCUUAUACAACUCGGAGCGCGAGCGCGUGCUGGACAAGGUGUGGGAGCGCACAGAGUCCGUAUGGACGCCCGUGCUAGAGAACCCAGGACCUUACAAGAAUCCCUUGUAUCGGCCAACGAACCGCGUGCUGUAUCCUCGGGCAAACCUCAAGCGCGUCGUGCUUUGGGACGGCAUGUUCUUCCGAUGGGACCCCGAGAGUCACCCGGACUAUAUGGAGUACAUGGACCCUGUGGAGAAGCCCGACGACGACAGUUCGACGCAUGAGUUUGACGAGGACGGGAGUCCUCGCGAGACAAGCGUACUCGAUCCUCCGUCCGUCAUGCCGAUCGGUGGCGAUCUGGAAGACAAGGUGGAAUUGGAUAUCGACGUGAUUCACGACUUUGACGAGUUCCGAGCCAAGACGCUCUCCGACUGCUCAGACAUGAGCGACGACGACGACUUUGAGAUCUCGCCGAAUGUGAAGGCGCGGUAUGAUGGCGUGUCGUCACUGACAGUGGACGAGCUCGAUAUGACGGUACCGGCAGCCAGUGAAGCGGACGCGGAAGGUCCGGCGUCCAUUGAGAACCGUCUUCCGAUGGUGGACGAGGGCGUGCUGAGUCGGUACCACCGGGGAGUGGAGGAGCGCACUCGCCAGCGCGCACAAGGACGCAACAUACGCGAGGCGUUGCUCUUGGCACCGGACCAGAGCCGCAUCAAGUACUUGGAGCAGCUGCUCAGCGAGAGCGUUGCGCGGGAGCUGCAGCUCGAGGCAGAGCUGGAUUCGGUUCUUGCUCGUGGCGUUCGGAGUUCCAGCAUCGCGCCGGACGGUCUCGCAAAUGGUGUCGUGUCGCACCAUGGCAGUAACGUAGUCGGCGGUAGUGGCAACAACAGCAACGAGAACGGCUCUCUGUAA